AAUUUUUGAAAAAUGGAUAUAGAUCGACAUAUAGCAACACUUUUGGGAGGUGGAUGUUUACCAGAGAGAGAUUUGAAAUUGAUUUGUGAUAGAGCAAAGGAAAUAUUUCUUGAAGAAUCAAAUGUAUAGCCAGUUAGAGCUCCUGUAAAUGUAUGUGGUGAUAUUCAUGGUAUGAAUUGAAUAUGAAUUAUAGGUCAAUUCUAUGACUUGUAAGCAUUAAUGAAAGAAGGAGGAGACAUUCCUACAUCAAACUAUAUUUUUAUUGGAGAUUUUGUUGAUAGAGGGUAUAAUUCAGUUGAAACAAUGGAAUAUCUAUUAUGUUUAAAAGGUAAUGAUGAAGAUAAUUUUCAGUUAAAUAUCCUGGGAACAUUAUGUUGCUAAGAGGAAAUCAUGAAUCUCGUUAAUGCACUUAGGUGUAUGGUUUUUAUGAAGAAUUACUUCGUAAAUACGGUAAUUGUAGUCCAUGGAGACUAUUUAUGGAUGUUUUUGAUUGUUUACCUUUGGGAGCAUUGAUUGAAGGAUAAAUAUUAUGUGUACAUGGUGGUUUAUCACCUGAUAUGAGAACAAUAGAUCAGAUAAGGACAAUAGAUAGAAAAGUAUUUAUAAAUAAUUAUAAUUUCUCCCAUUAUAGAUAGAGAUUCCACAUGAAGGACCUUUUUGUGAUCUAAUGUGGUCUGAUCCUGAAGAAGUUGAAUAUUGGGCAGUUAACUCUAGAGGAGCAGGUUAUCUAUUUGGAGCCAAAGUUACAAAAGAGUUUUGUAGACUUAAUGAUCUUACUUUAAUAUGUAGAGCACAUCAAUUGGUUAUGGAAGGAUACAAAUAUUGGUUCCCAGUAUUAUUUAUUUAAUAUUAUUAGGAUUAAAAUUUAGUUACUGUAUGGUCAGCACCAAAUUAUUGUUAUAGAUGUGGCAAUAUUGCUUCAAUCUUAUGUUUGGAUGAAAACUUGAAUUAGACAUGGAAGACUUUUAAAGAAGUCCCUGAAAGUGCCAAGAGUGUUAAUCCAAAAAGUGUAUUGCCAUACUUCUUAUGAAGUAUAUACAUCAAAUAUAUUUUGAUACUUCUUAUGAAGUAUAAUAUAAUAUUAAUCGAA